AGUGAGGGAAAUGGGCGCCGGAGAGAAGCGAAGGCGGAAGUAAAGGCAGGUCACGCUCACACGUCUUUCUUCUUCGAUGGUGAUGCUAAAGCAGAGAGCCCAACGGGAAUGGAUCUGGAAGAAGCUUUUCAAGUUGUCGGGGAGUUUGGACCUUACCAGAAGCGAGCGGUGGCUGUUCUCGUUCUGACUCAGGUGUACAUGGCUUGUCAGUCCAUGCUGAUUGUUCUGGUCGGAUCUACACCAGAGUACCGGAUCAGGCAGCAGGACGGCGUCCCAUCCAGCCAGCAGGAGCUCCUCCAACACGUCACCUUUACAGAGGACAUCGACUCCAUAGUGACCGAGUGGUUUCUCAUCAAGCAGCAGGCCUAUAAGGUCAGUCUGGCUGGAUCACUUUUCUUCGCUGGGCUACUGGUUGGGAACGUCGUCUUUGGGCCACUCUCCGACAAGAUCGGCAGGAGACCUGUCUACUUGACAGGUCUAUUCUUUGAGGUGGUCUUUGGUUAUGUGACCGCUUUAGCGCCCAACUACGAGGUCUUUGCUGUGUCUCGUCUCCUGGUGGGGCUGAUGAAUGGAGGCAUUGGCCUGGUCUGCUUCGUCCUCACUCAGGAGUAUGUGGGCAAGUCCUACUGGGCCAUGACCGGGACGUUGACCAGUAUGACUUUUGCGAUCGGCAUAGCCCUGUUUGGAGCUCUGGGCUACUUCAUCCAGCCGUGGAGGAGCCUGGCCACAGCAGCCAACUCUUCCGGUGUCCUGUUCUUCCUGCUGUCUGUCACUCUUCCAGAGUCCCCUCGUUGGCUGUAUUCUCAGGGUCAGACGGAGCGAGCUGAAGAGGUUCUGCGUUACAUGGCGCUGAGAAAUGGCAACGCCACCAACCACCUGAUGCUGCAGCGAGUUGGCGCCGCGAAAGCUGGUAGCCGCGACACCAGGAGUGCGGGGGUCCUGCAGCUGGUGCUCCAUCCAGUCCUCCGCCUGAGGACCAUGGUGCUCAUGUAUGUCUGGUAUGCGUGCAGUCUGGUGUACUACGGUCUGACUCUGGGUGCCAGUGAGACCUCCGGUAGCCGUUAUGUUAAUGUAGCUAUGUACGGCCUGGUGGAGCUGCCUGCCUACCCACUCUGUAUAUACUUCAUCAACAAACACUGGGCCGGGAGGAGGAAAAGCAUGGCCAGCUUCCUGUGCCUGGCUGGCUCCGCUUGCCUCUGCACCACGUUCAUCCCUGAAAACACAGGGACCUUGCUGAGUGUCACGUCGUUGGCGCUUCUGGGGAAACUGAUGGUCAGUGCGGCGUUCAACAUCGCCUACGUCUACACCUCUGAGCUCUACCCAACAGUUAUCAGGAAUGCCGGUUUGGGAGUUUGUUCCAUGUCGUGCAGAGUCGGAGGAAUCCUCGCACCAUUUGUUCCUUCCAUGCGGGCCCUCCACACCUCCAUGCCCUUCACUGUGUUCUGUCUGAGCGGUCUGUCUGCAGGCUGCCUGGGCCUCCUGCUGCCCGAAACCCUCAACGGACCUGCAGCAGAAACUCUGGAGGAGCUCAGCAGCCCCACCCGCAGCCGAGUGCUGGAGAGCCAGGCUCUUUUGUAUCAAGAUGACAAGUGGAAAUCAAACAACAAAUGAAGCUAGCAGCCUCGUCUUCAUCACCGGAGCAGCUCAGAGCAGCGAAACAGACUGUCUACACCUCAGUCCUUAUGGAACUGCUGCCUCAAAACGGUGAACCGUUCCUUUGAUUAACUUGAGGGACCGGUCGCCAAGUUCACUUAAUGUCCGUGAACUAUGACGUUCCAAUUGGGCAGUGGCCUAGAUGCCGACCAGCGCUCUGCCUUCAGGAAGAGGGCAUUACCGACAGACUCCGAGGUUCCUCCUGUGUCUAAUUUUACAGAAAAGCCAGACCGUCCUCUUCCUUUAUUUAAUAUUACUGAAUGUUGUCAUGGUGUUUCUGCCUUAUUUGGUUGCAGACAGAAGGGAGAGGCUGGAAAGAUAUGACUGGACAGACUGUGACUUCCAUUACAUUCAGGAAAUGCUGGUGAGUUGGAAAAUCCAACUUGCUGCUUACAGAAGUGUGACUGAAAAACACUGGAUUUUAAAGCUUGGCUUUUCCAGUAGCAAAACGGGACAGCAGUUUCCUCAACUGCAGCAGGACACACACCACACAGUGUCGGUUGAAUCAUGUUAAUAUUCCUUACAGUUAAUUUUUAGGACCACAGUGAUUUUUUUUUUUUUUUUUCAGGAAGAAAUGUGCCCAGUUCUCAACCAUAAAAUCUCUCUCUAGUGUUUAUGCGACGCAGAGGCUAGUGUCUCUGUUAGCAUACAGUGCUCUGAUUGCCCAGAGACAAAGGCAGCAUUAUGGACAUGGGAUCAAUCAUCUUCAGCAUUUUCUUCCCCAAGCAGAUCGCUAGAACACGUUGAGGUCAGACUUACAAACCUUUUUCAGGUGGGAUUUCUUUGUUCGUGACACUCUAAAGCGUCCUGCUACAUGUUCAGACCAGUGACGCUGAAACCAGACGCCGGGCAGCUUAACCUGCUGAUCCAUUUAUUAUCUGUGCAGCAGGUUUCACUCACUCGUGCUCAGAGUUUAAAUGGCAGGACAAUGGUUGAGGCGUUGCGUGUAACCCACUGGGCUGUCGGCCACUGGUUGAGAGGCAGAUGAUUUGAUAGGACGUGCAGAAAAGGUGGGACCGUUGAAAACAUUUGUCUUGACUUCACUGGUUUUUAGGUACAGUGCUUGUGCACCACUAAAGGUACAGUCAUGUAUUCAUUCCCUUCAGGACUCGCAGGUCGGGGUUUCCCUUUUGUUCAAUUUUGAUUUGUGGACUCUCAUUUGUAGCCAACGGCACCAGUGAUCCACUGUGUUUUGAAAAUGGAGAACUCUUCAUUUUAGUGGUCAGACGUCAUCCUGUUCGACUCUACCAGACUACAAACUGCAGCAUCGCUCUCACAGAUUCUUCAGCUUCUGAUCGCUCUGCUCAGUAAGUUUUUCUUUUUCUUUUCUUUUUUUUACCGUCCACAUCGAAGGCAUGAUAUCACAUGCUUUUUUUUGGGGGGGGUGAGUGCUGGGUAGUUUGGUCAUAUGCAAAGCUAAUGGGACCGGACCUUGAAGAUGCUCUUUUUGCGGAAGUUCAUUUUGCAUUUCAUGGCUUCUUUAAUGCAGAGGCAGUGAUGUGGCAGGACGGACUGCACGGACUGGGUCUAAUACUGUAAAAGCCGCCUUUUCAAGCUCCCGAACGGUCUGAACAAAGUCGAGCACAGAAGUUUGGUAGAAAAUGGCAGAUACGACCUCAAACCGACACAGUGACGUGAUGAAGAAUCACGGGUGGAGCUUGACACUGGGGCACACCUGUAAACUGUUGCAUCUGACACUGUUACUAGUUGCAGGAAAAACUCUUUAGCGUGAAUGAUAUGACAGUGGCAAACACUCCGUUCAAAAGCGUUAAAUAUUUAAAUCUGCAGUUGUCUGUUGUUGUUAUUAUCAGCUCUAUCUACCUGAACAGAAAACAGACUGCAGAUUUCCAGAGACAACGUUGCUCUUAAACAGAGAGUGCGAAAGAUGCUUUUGACACAACUUCUCCAGACCUACAUGAGCUUGAUGAGGCAGAUGAGCACAUUAAAUCACACGAAUUGAGUUUUUCACAGUGAAUAGCUACAUGAAAGGCUCUCCGGACCAAUCCUGCCUAUUUCAUAAGCCGCUGUGACCACAAGUCGUCAAAUCUAAAUAUCGGUGGGGUGAGUUUCUACAGACCGAAUUCACCACGUCCUCUGACAAGCCUCUGUUAGGGCCAAAUUAGGGUUAACGUGGACACAACCAUGCUCUUAAACUGUACCGUGCCAGCAAAAUCGAUUAGUACUAGAAACUGUAAUUGUCAGUCUCCGGGAGAUCGGAGAAGCUGGUGACAAAGGGACCAAUACAAUUCUGGCACCCCAGCCAGUUGUGGAGUCUUUCAUGUGUUUUGAUCUUCUCUGUUAUCAAGGUCUUUGAGUCAGGCACACACUUUUGAAGGAAGGAGCUUUGCAAGAGGUUCUGGUAACUGCAAGAGGAAGGUGGAGGUUUUUUAAUAGCAGCAAUUAUGCACUCGUCCAGGAAAGUAUGUGAUCAGUGAUCUUUUUUCAUCAACAUUGGCAAGAGCAGCAGAUUUUGUCCAGAACUUCAUGUAAGGCUCAUGUAAAGACACACAUCAGUUUAUGCACUAAUAAAUAACCAUGUGUGUCGAACAAGCUUGACUUUAGACCCUGAAUCCUAAAUCAAAGUUUGUAUUUUGUACCAUUUUGUCAAAGCAGACGUACCUUUUUGAGAGACUUGGUUCGAACUACAGCGACCCCGCGCCCCCAUUUCUCAAUGUGAGAAGGUUUUUCCAUGUGACAGCAGAUUGAAAGAUGCCCUCCGUGCCUUCGUACGUAGCCUUUAACACUGAUAAAGUCAAUACACUUUGGAUGUGGAUUGUUGAAAAUAGUAUCAGAUAUCACUGAUGUAAUUAAAGAUAUUAAGAUAUGGGAAAACAAAUGUUGCCCAGGACCUUUUUUGUAUGCAGUCAUUUUGUAUUGUGUAUACGAUCCUGCCAUUUCGACGUGUAUCCUGUAGAUGCACUGUACUGUCUGUAUAUGUUUGGGUCAUUAAAAUGUACUAAUAUUUAUGCUAAAGGCAGUAAAACGUUGAGAACUUUCA